AGCCAGAUCAUCACAAACCCGGAAAACUGCUCAUGCAAAUGACCCGUGCAUACCAACAACCUCACAAAGUAGGGAGCUUGAAGUUGGUGAUAAAACAGCAAUAUAUGUGACAGUGCGCUGCCAGGGUCGCAAUGAACAGGAGACGAACGGAGGUCAUCCCGUUAUACUACAAACAGAUGACUUUAAGGGAAAGACUGUGGAAAUGUCUAUGGGUUCUCUCCCAAAAAAGAUCUACAACUUUGAUCGGGUAUUCUCAUCGGCUGCUGACCAGCGGACGGUCUAUGAAGACACUGUAUUGCCAAUGAUUGACGAACUGCUGUUAGGCUACAACUGCACCAUCUUUGCAUAUGGACAGACCGGCACAGGUAAAACAUACACCAUGUUCGGAGACAUGACGGAAGAUUUUGGGCUGUUGUCGGAUAAUGCGGGGAUCAUCCCACGCACCCUUUGCACCCUAUUUGAUACGCUUAGGGGAACAGAUAGCACUAUCAAGUGCUCUUUCAUCGAGCUUUACAAUGAGGUCUUACAUGAUCUUCUCUCCGAUGAGGAGGAUGUGAAACUACAACUGUUUGAAAACGAACGGAAUACUUUCAACAGGAGUAUAUUGGUGAAAGGAAUGCAAGACUCAUACAUUGAUUCUCCAUCAGCCGGUAUUCAGCUACUACAAAUUGCUAGUCAGAAACGGCAGGUGGCAGCAACCAAAUGCAAUGAUCUGAGUUCCCGGAGUCAUACCAUUUUCACAAUCAACGUGCUUACCAAGUCUAGUGAAGGGUCCAUUACGUCGGGGAAGCUGAAUCUGGUAGACCUAGCUGGAAGUGAGAAUAUCCAGCGCAGUGGUGCUGAGAACAAGCGAGCUGUUGAAGCCGGUCAAAUCAACAGAAGCUUGCUAACACUUGGACGAGUCAUCAAUGCAUUGGUUGACAAAGCUUCACAUGUUCCGUACAGAGAAUCGAAAUUGACAAGGUUACUGCAAGAUUCCUUAGGUGGCCGCACCAGGAUUUGCAUAAUCGCUACUGUUUCUCCUUGUCGGUCAAGUCAGGAAGAGAUCGUCUCAACGUUGGACUAA